AUGGCGACGAUCUACAGCUGCAGAGAGUGCGGCGAGCCGGCCGAUCUCUUCGCGCCGGACUUCUACUUAUUCGAGGCUGGCAACAAGAAGACCAUGUCCUUCACCGCCGUGGAUUUUCGAGAGGACAAGAUCCGCCCCUUUUUCGAGAUGGUCAAUUACUAGGGGACCCAGAGGAAGCGCGUGAAGAUCAAGUGCAAUAGCUGCGGGAAGCUCGUCAGCUACGUCUACGACGCCGGCCCGCCGUUGAUGAACGGCACCAGGUAGUUCGGAUUCGGGCCGAGCCAGGCUAUUCUGAGAAACCCUAGGUGUCGAUUUAAGGAUAAAAGUUUGGCCGUUGCUUCUCAGACUUGAGCGUGUUGGCUGAUUUCUGUGUAAAUGUUUACCUUUUUUUC